CUGUGCUCCAUCAUAUGGUCAUGCAACAAUCUAGUUGUUGGGAAAAUAUUAUAGAUUUUGAUGAUGAUGUAUUUAGAAUGUAAUAGGGACUUAAGGUCUCCCCCAAUAUUCAAUGUAAUUUUUCUUUUUAGAAAUAUUGUCAAAACCGAGUUCUUGAGAUUUCCAAUAAAGUUGUGAUAUUUCUUUAAGCGUUUUGAUGCCUGUAGACAGUGAUAUGGAAAUUGGAUAUCUUGAUCGGAAAUGUCAGAGACAAGUUAUGAUGAUUGGAAGAUCAUGAUGGAAGCACACCUCUACGCUCUACAUGAUUGCAUGUGGAUGGUGCUUGAGGAUGGACCCUUGAAAAUCCAAAUGGAGAAUCUUGAGAGGAAUCCAGCCACUCCAGAUGUAGUCCAGUACAUUCCAAAGCCCAAAGAAAAAUGGGAUGAUAGAGAUUGCAAAAAUCACAAUCUGGACAACGUCGCCAAAGCAGCCAUCUUUAAGACACUUGAUCCCAUCACCUUCUCCAAAAUUAAGCAUCUCAAGACUGCCAUGGAGAUUUGGCAAGGUCUUGGGAAGCUAUGUGAGGGAUCAGAGGACCUGAGAAAGCAGAAGAUAGAAGUCCUGCUUGAGAAGUUUAAAAGCUUCAAAAUGCUUCCCGGAGAAUCAUUUGAUAUGUUGGAUGAAAGAUUCCACAAGAUAUUGAAUGAUCUUGCAUCACUUAACCACGUUCUUUCUCCCAAAGAAAAGAAUGUAAGGUUGCUGAGAUCACUUCCAACUGAGUGGUAUUCCAAAGCCACGGCCAUGGAAGAAGGAAGAAACCUGGAGAACUACACUGUCCAAGGUCUCCUUGACGAGCUCAGAACCUAUGAGCACGAGCUGAAGAAGAAGAAGGAAGAACAAGUCACUCCCUUCCCCACAGCAUUGAUGACAACUCCAAGAGUCCCAUCAAGUGAAGGGACAUGCCCAAGAAGCUGUGACACACCUUCCUCCAGCCAGCCGCCAAGCUCAAAAAUGGAGAACUACGAUGAGGAAUUUGCCAUGAUGGUCAAGCAAUUCCGGAAGUUCAAGAAGUUCUUCAAGAAGGCUGAUUCAAUCAGAAGACCAACCAAGGGAAAGCCACAAGUAAGUGACUCCCCUCCUGAAUCUUAUUUGUGUUAUAACUGCAGGAAGCCUGGCCACUGGAAGUCAGCAUGCCCGUACCCAAAGGUUGAGAAGUACGGAGAAAGAGAAAGAAACGAGAAGAAAAAGAAGGCAAUGGUUGCUACUGAGAGUGAUGAGUCAUCCAGCUCAAGCUCGGAUGAAGAAGCCCUCGUUUGCAUGGAGCGCAGAGUUGAAAAGUCCAACCAUGAGGAUAGGUGGACUAUGUCAGAAGAUGACACUCUCUGCCUAAUGGCCAAAGAUGAUGUUGAUCAAGAGGUAACCUCACAAACCUCCUGCUCAUCUUCUUAUGAAAGCAUACCAACUUCUGAAAAUCUUUUUGACCAGUUCAAAAAGAUGAUGGAAGAUUUUGAGGAAAUAAAUCUCAAACAUUCAUCCUUAACAGAAGAGAACAAGUUGUUAAGUGAAGAGAAUCUCAAGUUGACUGAGGGUCGGAAAAGUCAACUAAAUGAGAUCACUCAACUUAAAGCUGAAAAUGAAUCUCUCUCUGAAAAGGUGAAAUCCCUCAACAAGGAGCUAGGGAUACUUAAGUCCAAAGAAGCAGUGGACAAGCUUCUUGAAACGACCAAACAUAAGGGUCGUGAAGGACUUGGGUUUGACCCCUCCAGUUCCAAACGAAAAGGGAGAACAACUUUCAUCCCUCCUAAACCUACUACCAAACUAAAUAAGCAGAAAGGAAAGAAAAAGGAGAAACCAACAGAAGUUCCCAAAAAGGAAGCCGCUAAGUACCCAGGUGUCUGGUACUUAGACAGUGGCUGUUCAAGACACAUGACGGGUGAUGCGAGCCUUUUGAGCAAUCUAAUUCCCUAUGAUGGUCCAAGAGUUACCUUUGGAGGAAGCAAUGAUUUCAGCCUUACUAAAGGGCUAGGAAAUCUGGUGUACAAGGGACUAACCAUCCAAGCUGGUGUUGUCGGCGCUAAUAUUCACUUCCAGAAGUUAGAAGCCAAGUGCUCUUCACCAACAUUCUUUCAAAGCUAUCUGGAGAUGAUAGCCGCUCAAGAACUCUCCGAAUUUCUUCAAAUGGAGAUUCCCCUCAAAUUUGAAGAAGAAGUUCUUGAAUUCUACAGAAAUGGAGAGGUCAAGACUGCUCAUUCAAAGAAGGACCCACAGAGGACGUUUCCAGUCAUCAAGUCCACUGUUGGAGUCAAAAAUCUGGACUGGAACAUCAUUGGAAUCUCUGGGCAAAUUCCUUCUGGCCAAGCGAAGAAAGCAGAUCUGAACAACGACUACAAGUUAGUUUUGGAACUGGUCAUCGCUUGCCUCGAGUGUGGAAGCGGAGGUCAUGCCGAUGACAUCACACAGGAGAGAGCCUUCAUCAUCAACGCUCUAAUUACCCAAUCUAAGGUAAAUUGGGCUGCACACUUCUUUAAAUCCAUCUCAAAACAUCUGGGAAAGCACAAUCAGAAGUACCUUUGUCAAGGUCUCUACAUUGGACAUGUUUUGGAGUCUAUGGGUGCUGCUUCUAAAGGAAAGAAGUAUGAAGAAAGAUAUUGGUCAUACUAUCUGUCUUCAAAAGGGGAAAACAGAACUGGUGCUAGUGUCACUGCAGAGGAAAGCUCAUCAGAUAAUGUCCCACUCAUCCAUAUGGCGAAGACUGCCAAAAGGAAGCAAGUGGUGUCUCCCUCCAUUAGUGUUGAAGCACCACAGAACCUUGCUCUGGUCAAUGUGGAAGAAGCAGAAGAAGUCUCUGUGCAAGGAGAACUUCAAAGGAAGAAGAAGAGGAAACUCUCCUCUCCCUCAACAUGUGGAUAUGUCAACUCGGAUAAGUUGAAGGAGAAGGAACCUGCUGAGGAAACCUCUGCCCACAACCGGAGUCCUCAACAACUUGAAGAAGAAAUCCCUCAAGUUCAAAGCCUUCCAACCUCCUCACCUCAACCUCAAAUGGAUGAUGCUGAUAACCAAUUCUGGCAGCUCUACUAUGAUUGGAGAGCAUGGAAAGUUGGAAAUUCAGCAGAGCAACUGAUGGAUUGGGACCAACAGCUGAAGAAUGAGAAGAUCAUCAAGAAAUGCUUAGGAAUACCAGUCAACCAUAGCUCACAGCAAAGAAAUCCGGAGAACUCAGCGCAGCACCUAUCCAGCUCAGGAUUGGAUGGAACAGAGGCUAUAGGAACUGUUGCUGCUCACUUCUCAGAUGAUAACCAAACAGAGGAGAGACGCAACAAUAUAAGGCGCAUCAAAGAACUUUGUGGCAACAUGCAAGGUAUCAGUGAGGCUGCCGGAUCUUCAAAACGCAAAAGGAGCUGAAGGUUCUUUUCAUCAAACCAGGGGGAAAGUAUGUGAAAAUACUAAUUUGCUUUGAUGAAAACACCUUCUUGUUUAAACAUUUCUUGAUUGGUUUAAACAUUGCUUCAACAAUUCUCUUAUUUGUUCUUAUUAUGCUUAAUUAUGCUUAUCUCAAGUAUGAUUUUGAGAAAUUUUGAAGCGCAUACAUUCAGGGGG